CUGCCAGAAACUGAGCGGACGAAAAAGAAAACGCCCUGUGUGGACUGAAGCCUCCCUGCUCGCUUGCUAGCUAGUAAAUAACUUGAACCUGCCGACGGCGCUCUUAGUGGCCGUCCAAAAUGGAUUAUACUGUAACCCAGAAAGCUCUCGGACAGCAACCUAAUGUACGUCUACGAAAUAGCUCCAUGGAUGGUUCAGAUGGCAGCCAGUUGUUUGAGGACACAAGUGGCUGUGCUUCACAGACAUCCCAGCAGAGGAACCAGCAGAGCGGACCUCAGGCUGCAGGUUUCCCGGGCCAGUCCAUGCUGUCAGACCCCAUGUCAAACCUCGCCAUGGCUUAUGGCAGCUCACUGGCAUCUCAAGGGAAAGAAAUGAUGGACAAAAGUCUGGACAGAUUCAUCCCCAUUUCCAAGCUGAAAUACUACUUUGCAGUGGACACGGUGUACGUUGGAAAGAAGUUGGGUCUUCUAGUUUUCCCCUACAUGCAUGAGAAUUGGGAGGUGAGCUACCAGCAGGACACUCCUGUGGCGCCGCGCUUUGACCUCAACGCUCCCGAUCUCUACAUCCCCGCUAUGGGCUUCAUCACGUACGUGCUGGUGGCUGGGCUGGCCCUGGGCACACAGAACAGGUUUUCCCCCGAGCUGCUGGGAGUUCAGGCCAGCUCGGCGCUGGUGUGGCUCAUCAUGGAAGUCUUGGCAGUCCUCCUGUCACUUUACCUCGUGACCGUUAACACCGACCUCACAACCAUCGACCUGCUGGCCUUCUCUGGAUACAAAUAUGUCGGGAUGAUCGUUGGUGUAGUCGCAGGACUGAUUUUUGGGAGACCAGCCUAUUAUCUGUCGUUGCUGUGGUGCUGUGCUGCCAUCUUUGUAUUUAUGACGCUUGGGCCGUAUUUUCAGACCCGCACUCUGCGUCUGAAGCUUCUGUCCGAAGCGGCGGCGGAGGGGAGGCUAGUGAGAGGAGCCAGGAACCAGCUGAGGAUGUACCUCACUAUGUCUAUAGCGGCGGCCCAGCCCGUUUUCAUGUUCUGGCUCACCUAUCACCUGAUCAGAUAAACGUGCACAAACACACACACACACGUACACACAGAAGCUGCCCUUGUAUGAAAGGUGUCUGUCAGAGUAAAACAUGAGGUAGCGCUCCAUCUCUGCAUGGAGCACGACACCCCAUGUGAUGGUAACAUGAGAGAAAAUGUGUUUUUAAUGCCUUUACCUCUCAGAGCACAGUCAGUGUUUUUUGUCUUAAAAUAUGUUAUAUGUAUGUUGUUUUUCCUACACUGUGUAAUUACUUGUUAAUUAUUUGUUUUUUUAAUAAUAUUUAAAUGUGUAAAGUACGUUUGUUAGAUGCUGCUAUCUUCUUGAUUCUUCUGAGCUGACUGAGUGCACAUAUACACACACACAAACUCAACACACUCUUUCCUUACAAUUCAAUAAAACCAAAAGCACAGAGUGACGCACUGUGAUUGAUCAGCCAAAAUUUCUCCCAAUUUCUAAUUUCUUUUCUGAUCUUUCACAAUUUUUUUCUGGGCUCAUAUGCAGUUCUUCGGGACUGUCGCGGUGGUUGUGCGCUCACCGUGUUAACCUUUGCACGCUCUCUGUCACGUCUACAUGCUUGGCUUCCUGAUCGUGCAGCCGUGUUAGAGCUCACCAAGCAGUGGUGAUGUUGUUUUGAUAUCCCUUUUAAGAAACAAUGUAAAUUAUUUGUUGCUUUUCAUAUUGAAAGUCAGAUGGAAUAAAGGAAAACAUGAAGACUA